AUGUCCUCUUCGCCCCCCUACACGUACAUACAAUGCCCCUGUUCCAACGAAGAGCCAGCCGAGGGCAGCGACGCGUCCUCCCCAGAAGGCGACUCGUUCCACGACGCGGAGCGCACUUUUGAUCCACGAGCCCCGCGGUCCAACUACAGCCUUUAUCUGUUGGAAUACCUGCUCUACUGCGAAGAGUGCCAGCAGAUCCGCUGCCCGAGAUGCGUCGAUGAGGAGAUUGUGACCUACUACUGCCCCAAUUGCUUGUUCGAAGUGGCGAGCAGCAAUUUGAGGAGCGACGGCAACCGCUGCACCCGCAACUGUUACCAGUGCCCUAUAUGCUCGGGACCUGUCCAAGUCGGCGAAGUCCAGGCUGAACCCGAAACGAACCUCCUCUCCGCCGACAAUGCCACCGCUGCGCCGCACGGGCCUUAUGCCCUCUUCUGCCAGUACUGCAGUUGGGUAUCGAGUGAGAUUGGCCUCGAAUUUGAACGCGCGAGCGGCAUACCCAGCCAGCUUGCGAAGAUGAAGAAUGGCGGCAUCCCCAAAAUCACGGCCAAGGAGCUCAAAGAGAGGCGCAAGGAGGAACCCGACAUGCCGCCACUUGAAGACGAGCUGGUCGAUGCGGAGCUACAGUACAGCGCCUUGAAGACUUUUUACCAGUCGCAGAUCAAUGGGCCGAGCAAUGGCCUGCCUGGAGGGUUGAGCCUUGGUGAUGGCCACAACUUCUCCUCACCCGCAGCGUUGACGCGCAUGAUGAGCAUGUGGCAGCCUGGCGGCCGCGGGGCGCAAGGCAAGACAGCCGGGCCGCCUGACAUGUUCCCCGAAGCCACCGAUACGGAUAAAGGCCUCAAGCUCGCACAGCUCGACGAAUCCGCCAAAGUGCAGAAGCUGUUGGAUGGUGGGUGGGACGAGACGGUGUCCAAGGACCAGCUCCUCUCGCAGUUGGAGCACGCCCAUUUCCAGGAUGAGCUGCGCCCGCUGCAGUGCGUCCUACGGACAAAGAGGUCGAGGCGAUGUGCUGUCUGCCGACACAUCAUCUCGAAACCGGAGAACAAGGUGGGAUCAACCCGCUUCAAGAUCAAGCUAGUGGCCAAGUCCUACAUACCAAGCAUAACGAUCCGUCCUCUGGAGCCACUAGCGCCCCCUGUGCCUGUAGGCAUGCGUCCACAACAACCGCAGGAGCCGCCUCUGAAGCCCCUACAACCAUACCAGUACAUCUUGACGUUCAAAAAUCCGCUCUUCGAGAAGCUCAAGGUAUCACUGGCUACGCCGAAUAAUACCCCCGGGCGCUUCUCGAGCAAAGUUGCGUUGCUGUGCCCACAAUUCGACAUUGACCCUGUCAAAGACAUGUGGGAAGACGCACUGGACGGCGAUGACCGUUCGAGGACUGAGGAGACGGGGCAGGCUGAGGCCGGCAAGAUCUACAAGAGGGGCCGAAACUGGGUGUCUAUCAUCCUGGAGGUCAUCCCUCCACUGCUCACUGUGGACAGUCUGCGGCCGCAUACGGCGUCGGGGGAGCCGACCGACAGAUCGCCUCUCCGGGAAGACGAAAAGAUUCUGGAGAUCCCCAUGUUUGUACGCAUGGAGUGGGAGCCAGAGGCACAACACGAUGUUGGAGACUCUGUUGGCAAGGACAGAAACGAAGGGCAGAAGCGGGAGUUGGCAUAUUGGUGCGUGCUUGGCGUAGGACAGAUCAGUCACGAGUGA